AUGUUCUUCUCCAUUGUCUGUGCCCUUCUCCUACUCAGCACCAUCACAAGUGAGGCACAAGUGGCCGCGCCGUGUGUGGACCAGGGAGGCGAAGAUUUCUGCAUGCAACCAUACAAGCUAGGAUUUUGCAAGAAACCGAGCUUUGCGCAGCAGCUAUGCGCCAAAACUUGUGGUACUUGUCACUGA